CUGUAAUUAUCUUUUGUCGACAACAAACAGGCUAAAUAUUAGCUGGGAGCGGUCCCAUGACACCGGGGGGACGUGCGCGCGCAGCGCCACUCCGCCCGUAUAUAACGCACGCCAGCUCGCGCACCGCAACCUGCCGCUGCCGGUCUGCAUCGAUAGGAGAGCCGCGCGACGCAGGUGCACGUCGGUCCUGCGCCGGUCCAGCCGCCCUGGCGCGGGUCUCACAGAGCGCAUCGUCAGAAGCUGACUGCCACCAUGGACACCCUUCCCAUCGCCACAGACUCUAACUUCCUCAUGACGCCUACAGAGAAGCCCCGUGUACCUAGAUAGCAGCAAAUGUUGAUUCUGGCUUUUGGAAAUUGGGAAAAUUGAGAAAGGCCUCAAAAAGUUUUUUUUUAAUUCAUUAAAACUUUUGGCAGAGGUACAAAGUUAUCCAUAACCACAAGCUACCUCUUAAAGCAAUAAGACGCAGAAAUUGUCUCUAUUUGACUGUUUCAUUAUCUUAAUUGGAAUUCAGGAUUAUUUGAAACAAUUUGGCGAUGGAUACAACUACCUUAGUAACGAUAGUUGCGACCUCUACUGUGGCCUUGGCUACACAGUCCGAUUUGUCGGGCUACUUAUGGCUCGUGGUGUUGGGCUUCAUCAUUGCCUUCAUCCUGGCCUUCUCGGUGGGGGCCAAUGACGUGGCCAACUCAUUCGGUACGGCGGUGGGCUCUGGCGUGGUCACCCUGCAGCAGGCCUGCAUCCUGGCCUCCAUCUUUGAGACCACGGGCUCCAUGCUGCUCGGGGCCAAGGUCAGUGAGACUAUCCGACAGGGCAUCAUUGACGUGACAAUGUACAACGGCUCUGAACACAUACUUAUGGCAGGGACCAUAAGUGCCAUGAGCGGAUCUGCUGUGUGGCAGCUGGCGGCUUCUUUCCUGAAGCUCCCCAUUUCUGGAACCCACUGUAUUGUGGGAGCCACAAUUGGCUACUCCAUGGUUGCCAGAGGUCACCAAGGGGUCAGAUGGAUAGAGCUGCUCCGUAUUGUGGCAUCCUGGUUCCUCUCGCCUCUGCUCUCGGGCGUCAUGUCAGGGAUCCUCUUCUACUUUGUUCGCAAAUUCAUCUUGAACAAACCUGACCCUGUACGCAACGGCCUCAGAGCUCUCCCCGUCUUCUACGCUAUCACGAUGGGCAUCAACCUUUUCUCCAUUAUGUUCACGGGCGCACCAUUGCUGGGUUUCGACAGAGUGCCGUGGUGGGGUACACUGUGCAUUUCCCUGAGCUGCGCCCUCAUCACCGCUGUCGUUGUGUGGUUUGUUGUCUGUCCACGCCUCAGAAAAAAGAUAAAACGUGAAUUGGAGGCUAAUCCCUCCGAAACGGUAGUGAUGGAGAACUCCUCAAGCGUCUCAGCGGAGCAGCGCUCCGACCCUUGUGACCCUGAACCCCAGACCCCUCCAGAAGACAGUCAGAGGGUGGCUUUCAGACUCGGUGGCUCAGAGGAAGCCGAUUUAGACAAUAAAGAUAUGGACACCAAAGACUUGGAUGUCAGCAAUGGGCUUAAUGGCAUUUUCGGCCCCAUGACCAUCACUGAUCCUCACAGCGGAAGGUCCCACACGAUCCACAAAGACUCCGGGCUCUACAAAGACCUGCUGCACAAGCUUCACAUGGCCAAGGUCGGCGACUGCAUCGGCGACUCCGAUGCAGAAGCGAGGCCCAUCCGCCGCAACAACAGCUACACAUCUUACACCAUGGCCAUCUACGGCAUUCAAGGUGACCCUAAGUACAAGGAGCUGGAUGGCGGGCUUCAGAGACGGUCAAGGGUGUACAGCCACAGCAGCUGCAGCAGCUUCAGCAGCUACAGCGUGGCGGUAACAGACGGCACACCGGUGAAGGACGGUAGUGUGGCGCCAGAGAGUAACAGAGACCUCGUUGUGGAGGAGGAUGAGCUAGAGGUCGACCAACCAGCGGUCGCCAUGAUUUUCCAGUUUCUCCAGAUUCUCACAGCGUGUUUUGGCUCCUUCGCUCAUGGAGGGAAUGAUGUCAGCAACGCAAUUGGUCCACUGGUGGCUCUCUGGCUGCUGUACGAGAGUGGUUCGGUGGUAUCCAACGCACCCACGCCAAUCUGGUUGCUCUUGUACGGAGGAGUGGGCAUCUGCAUCGGGCUCUGGGUGUGGGGGAAAAGGGUUAUCCAGACUAUGGGGAAGGACCUCACCCCUAUCACACCCUCCAGUGGUUUCAGCAUUGAACUGGCUUCAGCACUCACAGUAGUGGUGGCAUCCAAUAUCGGCCUUCCCAUCAGCACAACCCACUGCAAGGUCGGCUCCGUGGUCGCUGUGGGGUGGCUGCGCUCCAGGAAGGCGGUCGACUGGCAUCUGUUCAGGAACAUCUUCAUCGCCUGGUUCGUCACCGUUCCCAUCUCCGGGCUCAUCAGCGCGGCGAUCAUGGCCCUCUUCGUUCAUGUUAUCCUGUGAGACUCCCAGCAUCCGGCCAGCUUGGUAACGCGCACCGACUUCGGCGGACACACUGCACAAACAGGACCCUUUUUUGUUUUUGACUGACCAUUGUUGAAAGCUGUAUUUAAAGAUUCCACUAUUUUUAUUUUUCUAAGUUUUUUUUUCUUUUUGUAAAUUUCAAGUUCGGCUUAAUCGUAGCUACAGCCUAUAAUGUUGCAGCCUUCCUCGUGAUGACCAAAAUGUAAUAUGAUAAGGAUGUUGUGCGAACAGAAAUGACAUCUUACGGGAGGGACCUAUUAGCACGAUUCAGACAUCCUGAAAGGAACUAUAUAACCUGUAAUCUUGAAAAUAUUUUGUAA